GGUGACUUCACGUUCAUCUUUUGGAAAAUGAUUGAGGAUAUAUACGUCAUUUUUAUCGAUUUUAAGUCCUGAGCAUUGAACUCGCGCUCGAAUUCGGGGUUUACCACAAGAAGCGAGCUCCGAUCUCCAGCAGAGAGAGAGAGAGGGGGAACAUGACGCUCUUUCACUUCUUCAACUGCGCUGCUCUCACUUUUGGUCCUCACGCCGUUUAUUACUCGGCCACCCCAUUAUCUGAGUAUGACACAUUUGGAACUUGUGUAAAAGCUGCUCUUGUUUAUCUUGGCACAGCUUUAGUCAAGCUUGUGUGCCUUGCAACUUUUCUUAAAGUACAAGAGAAUGACAGCUUUGAUCCAUACCAGGAAUUGUUGAAAGCAUUGAUAGGGUUUAUAGAUGUUGCUGGGCUUUAUUUUGCUCUGACGCAGUUGACCCACCGAAACAUUUCCCAGAACCAUAAAUUCCAGGCUGUGGGACUUGGUUGGGCAUUUGCUGAUUCAGUGUUACAUAGACUUGCACCUCUCUGGGUUGGAGCUAGAGGAUUGGAAUUCACUUGGGAUUUUCUUCUGCAAGGCCUCGAAGCGAAUGCAAACCUGGUGUUGAACAUCUCACUUGCUGCACUAGGAUCUUUAAUGUGGCUGCGGAAAAAUAAACCCAAGACUCUGAUUCCUAUAAUUUAUUUAUCUGCUGGGAUUCUUGCGACCAUGCCCUCCAUUACAAGCUAUUUGAGAAGAAGUGUGGGAUGGCACUUUCCUGAGGUUGUUGGAUUUGAACUCUUCUCAUCACUGAUCAUGGCCUUUGUUAGCUGGCAGCUUUUUAGCGCGUGCCAACGACCAUCAUCCUGAAUAUUAUGAGGAGGCAUUCUUCGAAAGCUCAAUCAUCGUAAGUCUUGGUGAUAAAUUGGGUUAUAAAGAAGAAUACUCUGUAGUUUCUCAUUGAUAGCCUUGUCUUUUCAAUUUUUCUUGAGUUUUUUUAUUCCCAAGUACUUCUCCAAGUCACCGAAAAUCCAAUUUUCGCAAAUUGUUGUACACUUUGCAAUUUUUCUUGUAUUGUAGUUUUCCAGUUCAUUUCUGUCAAAAUUUGUGUACGUGUUAUUCAGAGUGUAAUUCCUUUGUCACACCAACUGAUGUUUCCUUUCCACCUUCAUGGAUGUGAAAUCAUUGGGUUUCUGGUUC